CGUCCCACAUUAGAUAAGACUGCACUCUCUGUGUUUGGAUACGACUCUACUUAGCCUACGCACCUGUCUGACUGUCUCUACUGCGGUCUUACGCCUCCUCUUAUCGUGAGCCAACAACACCUGGAGGAGAGUGGACUCAACCCGGCUGAGCUAAAAGAUGGAGUUGUUGGCCGCUGCGCCUUUAAGACCGCAUGUGGUCUACAGCUCGCUGCUCCCAUGGCAGGCUCUGUAGGUGCACCACGCUCUCAAAGUUUGACUGGGGAAUAGCUCCGGGGACAGGGGACACGGCAGCAGCAUCCCCCCGCCGGGAAACACACACACACACACACACAAGGAACCAUCAUCUGAAGAGGGGGGAAGGACCGCAGCUCGCCUGGGAGUGUCCGACUCAGGCGAUAAGAACAAUGGAAGAGGUGGCUAAACGGAUUUUCGAUUUCUAAAUGAGAAACACAAGAAGGUUAUUAUAGCGGUGUUUGCUGAAAGGAGGGACUCCCGGCUGCAGCCUCCCCCCCUCAGCCAUGCCGCUUGUAUUCCGCACGCUGCUGUUCGGCUUUGUAACGCUGCUCGUUGUGGUUUUCAUAAUUGAUGAUAUUGCAGAAGUGGAGGAAGAAACUGCAAAUACUGGACAUUCACAGAAGAUGAACUUGCACCAGCUCAUCCCUCAACCACACAGAAAGGCUGCAGCACAAGUGGAUCCAACUGCUUUGACGAGAUUAAGCAAAGAUGUAAAUCAUCUCGGUCCGAGCUACAAUACCACUGUCAAGCUCUCGUCAAACAACUGGACCUUCAACAAGACCCUCUCCAACCUCAUCAGGAAGAAUAUUCUAAGAUUUCUUGAUCCCGAGAGAGACAUCUCUAUUCUGAAGGGCACGCUGAAGCCAGGAGAUAUCAUCCACUAUGUGUUUGAUCGCCACAGCACCAUAAACAUCUCAGAAAAUCUCUACCGUCUUUUGCCAACUGUAUCCCCCAUGAAGAACCAACAUCACAGGCGCUGCGCCAUUGUGGGAAACUCUGGGAUCCUGCUGAACAGCAGCUGUGGACCCGACAUCGACUCUCAUGACUUUGUUAUCAGGUGUAACCUGGCACCAGUGGAGGAGUACUUUCAGGACGUGGGGUGGCGGACCAACUUGGUGACCAUGAACCCUUCAGUGGUGCAGCGGGCCUUCCAGGACCUGGUCAGCGAAGAGUGGAGGGAUCGCUUCUUGCAGCGGCUUCAAAGCCUCAGCGGCAGUGUGCUGUGGAUCCCAGCCUUCAUGGCCAAGGGGGGAGAGGAGCGCGUGGAGUGGGCCCUUCGUCUCAUCCUGUUGCACACUGUGGACGUACGCACCGCCUUCCCCUCGCUGCGCCUCCUCCACGCUGUCAGAGGGUAUUGGCUAACCAACAAUGUCCACAUCAAGCGUCCGACUACUGGGCUCCUCAUGUACACGAUGGCCACUCGCUUCUGUGAAGAGAUCCAUCUUUACGGCUUCUGGCCCUUCCCACUCGACCCGCAGGGCAGAUCAGUCAAAUACCACUACUACGAUACUCUAAAGUACGAGUACACGUCCAGCUCCAGUCCUCACACCAUGCCUUUGGAGUUCAGGACCCUGAGCGCAUUGCACAGACAGGGGGCGCUCCGGCUCCACACUGGGACCUGUGAUGCAGAGAGGAGACCACAGAAGGAGCUCCAGAGAAAAUAGCUUUAAAGGAGGAUCUCGAUGGAAACCACUUUGUUGACUGAGCAGACUCUGUACAAACUGUUUUCUUGUUUACACACUUUUAUGAAACUUGAAUUAACUUAUUUUCAGUAAUUGGAACUUUUUGUAUUUCAAGCUAUUUAGUGACUUGUUUCACUGGUUAACGAGAUUUCUAUGGCAACCUUAAAAAUAAUGAGACCCUUUUCUGCUGGUGUGACCAAACUGUUCAUAGAGAUCCUGUCAUGUUCAUCUGUUGGCCCCUUUUUAUUUUUCUUAAAAAGACCAUUUUUGAAAGUCUAACCAGGUUUCCAGUAUGGUUAUAAGUUUAAAAUUAAGGGUUCAGAACAUAUUUUGAUGUUUUGUGUUCAAAUUGGUCAUGAUACGCCAUCAAUUAAUAUCCCUCAGUUUAUGAUAUGAUAGGGCUCCAUUUAAGGCUGUAGUUGUGAGUCACUUUUUGGGCCACAAGAUGGAAGCACUUAAAAAUCAGGGAGAAUGAUAGUAAAAGAAGAAAUGUUGGUCACCUCUUCAAACAUUAGUGUUUUUUAAUUUGAUGUUCAACUUGUGAUAACAAAUUUUCAUCUGAUAAUGAACUUUUUAUGUUUUUGUAGCUUCUUAUAAAGUGCGUAAAUGGUGUUUACCAAAAGUCCAGUCAACCAGAGCUGCCAUGUGAUAAGGUUAGGUUAACCAAAAGGAAAAAUGGAAGCACGUAGAAUUGUAUUCAGCUUCUUUGAGGACAAAGAGGGAGUGUACCAGCUGUUCACAUAGGAAUGUUUACACAGACUUAGCCGGCAGUAAACUCACUUUGUUAACUUUGUUAACACCAGCCCUGUUUCUGCACUGGAAAUGUUAGUAGUGAGGGCAGACUGUAGUUGUGUUGUGGUAGUAAGAAAAGCUUGAAUUUCUUUACAUGAAUGUAUUGGUGAUAUUCUUACAAGUGCUGUAAGAAAGGAUGCCCAUGUUGUGCUUUAAAUAAAUUACAGUUAGCAGCAGUUUCAGUGUAAUAACACUGAGAGGACAAUUAGCUCGUAACUUAUUUGCCUUCAUUAAUUUUAAAUGCUGUAUGAAAUAUACUUGUAUAGUGUGUUAGGGUUAGUAUUUUAACCAAUAUAGGUUGAUACAGAUAUGUGGGGAAUUUUCAUUGAAUUUGAGAGUAUUUUGUGCCUAUAAUCACUCAAUUUGACAAUUUAAAAUUGGACCAUUCACAUUCCCAGAAAUAACUGUUCAGGGUUUAUCUAAAUCAUUCUUAACAGGAUGGGAAAGAUGUAUCAAUAGUAUCACCCACUUACGAAACACUUUAUGCAGAUAUGAAUAAACAUUAAAAUAACUUAAAAAAAUAUACUUUGGUUGGUCAAACCAAUACAUCAGUUUAAUGCUAGUUUGGAUUAUAUUGUUGAACUUUCAAGCUUCACCUCAGUAAAACUCUUAAAGUUUAGUUGAGUUUUUUAGGAGUUGUCUUGAUACAGGACGCUUUGGGGUAUUUUUCUGCAACAAAAUGCUUUCCAAGAGCUCUGCAGCUAAACAAGUUGCCUCUCAUGUGCUUCCAGCCAUGUGAUAUGUGCAUAAUAGUGUUGUUUUGCCAGGAUGCGCCUGUUGACUCGCAUUUUGGCCCACACCCUUACUUAAAUUAAGAAUGGAUACAAAAGUUGUACUAGAGAGUGAGCGGUCUGAAGCAAUGAAUGGUUUAUUUGUCUGAGCUCGGCAAAAAUAGAAACAUUCUGCAACCAACACAAUUAAGUUAAUUAACCCAGAAUUUGCUACCGUUGAAAAAACUUUAUACUGACCUGUACUGUACAGUAGUUUCUGCUGAUUACCUGAGGGGGUUGUGCUGCAUAGUUUCAUCUUACCUCUUUUCAUGUAUACCGUAUGUAAACAUCUGUUUAAUGUCCAAAUUUCAGCAAACAUGUUAGCUUUUGCAUGUUUUGUCUUGACUUGAUACAUACAACUUUGGUAUUUAUAUUUUUGUUGUUGAAAAUAUUCAAUAUGACUCAAGGAUACUUAAAUUGUGCAGUUAUGACAAAGUGAAUGUACUUUUCUGUGGCAGAAAACAAAAGAUCAGAAUGGGGACAAUAACACUUCAAGACUCUCCCUUAAAAUGAUUUAACACUUCAAAGGAAGUACUUUUAUUUCAGUAGUAUUUCAAAGAAAUGGAAACUAUGGAAACAACUGUGGUUACACAAAACAUAUCUGUGUCAAAAA